AUGGCCACCGUCACCUCGGCAGCCGUUGCCAUCCCAUCAUUCACAGGCCUCAAGUCGGCCAAGGCCGCCCCGGUAGCCACAACCGCCAAGAUGUCCGUCGCCACCCCGAAAUUCGGCGGCAUCAGGGCCUCGAUGAAGGACCUCGGCGUAGCGGUGGCCGCCACCGCCGCCACAGCGAUGCUGGCGGGCAACGCCAUGGCCAUCGACAUCUUGCUCGGCGGCGACGACGGCUCGCUGGCAUUCGUCCCCAGCACGUUCUCCGUUGCCGCCGGCGAGACCAUCACGUUCAAGAACAAUGCAGGGUUCCCCCACAACAUUGUGUUCGACGAGGACGAGAUCCCCAGCGGCGUGGACGCGUCCAAGAUCUCGAUGUCGGAGGAGGACUUGCUGAAUGCACCCGGGGAGACUUACAAGGUGGCGCUGACGGAGAAAGGAGAGUACAAAUUCUACUGCUCGCCUCACCAGGGCGCCGGCAUGGUUGGCAAGGUCACUGUUAACUGA